AUGUGUGGUAUCAUCGCUCUGAUCCUGGCGAACCCCUCCGGCACCGCCGCCGUGGACCUCCACGAGGCCCUGUACCUCCUGCAACAUCGUGGUCAGGAUGCUGCUGGUAUUGCAACCUGCGCGCAUGGGGGCCGUAUCUACCAACUCAAGGCCAACGGUAUGGCCGCCAAGGUCUUCCAUGACGGGGCUAAAAUCACCAACUUGCCUGGUUCCAUGGGUAUCGGGCACCUCCGCUACCCUACUGCCGGCAGCAGUGCUGGUGCCGAGGCCCAGCCUUUCUACGUCAACAGCCCUUACGGUAUCUGUUUCGCACACAAUGGAAACCUGAUCAAUGCCCCCGAGCUGAAGAAGUAUCUGGAUCUGGAGGCGCACCGUCAUAUCAACACCGACAGUGACAGUGAGCUGAUGCUCAACAUCUUUGCUGAUGAGCUGAGCGAGACCAAGAAGGCUCGUGUCAACCAGGAGGAUCUCUUCGCUAGCUUGAGCCGCAUGUACGAGCGCUGUCAGGGUGGAUGGGCCUGCACUGCCAUGCUUGCCGGCUUCGGUCUCCUUGGUUUCCGUGAUUCCUACGGUAUCCGACCCCUGGUCCUCGGUUCCCGUCCUUCCCUGGACGGCUCAGGCACCGACUACAUGAUGGCCUCCGAGUCCGUCGCACUUGACCAACUCGGAUUCUCCAACCACCGUGACAUCCAACCCGGUGAGGCAGUCAUUAUCGAAAAGGGCGGUGAGCCGGUCUUCCGCCAAGUGGCGCCGAAGAAAGACUACGCGCCCGAUAUUUUCGAGUUCGUGUACUUCGCCCGGCCCGAUUCCGUCAUCGACGGAAUCAGCGUAUACCGCAGCCGUCAACGCAUGGGCGACCGUCUCGGCGCCCGCGUCCUCGACGUCCUGGGUCCUGAAAUCGUCAAGGAUAUCGACGUGGUCAUUCCCAUCCCCGAGACCUCCACCACAUCCGCGACCCACGUCGCGCAGUACCUCAACAAGCCUUACUGCCACGGCUUCGUGAAGAACCGCUACGUCUUCCGCACAUUCAUUAUGCCCGAGCAAAAGACGCGCCAGAAGGGCGUACGCCGUAAGCUGAACGCCAUGAAGGCCGAGUUCAAGGACCGCAACGUCCUGCUCGUCGACGACAGUAUCGUGCGCGGAACCACCAGCCGCGAGAUCGUCAGCAUGGCCCGCGAAGCCGGCGCAAAGAAGGUCUAUCUUGCCAGCUGUGCGCCCGAAAUCACUCACGCCCACAUUUACGGUAUCGACCUUGCCUCGCCGCAGGAGUUGGUCGCGCAUAACCGUGACGCGGACAGUAUCGCCAAGCACAUCGGUGCUGAGCGAGUUGUUUUCCAAACCCUGGACGACCUGAAGGACUCUUGUGCCGAAGUCGCGCGCGACAAUGGACAAAGCGAGCCGCAAAACUUCGAAGUCGGCGUGUUCUGCGGUAAAUAUGUUACUCCCGUGGACCAGGGCUACUUCGAUCACCUGGAAUUGAUGCGCGGCGAGGGUCGCAAGAGUAAGGCUCUGGAUAAGGCCAAGGAGGCCGUUGCACAUGGUUUUGCCAGUGUGGAGGAUUUCCAGAUCGCUGCUCACGGUGUCACGAUGGAUACCAAUGGCAAGGUUAUCCCUGCGGAAACUGAGCCUGAACCCCGGUCCGCGGAACCGGAGCACCCUAAGGUUGAUGAUCAGAUGGAUAUUAGCAUUCACAAUAUCGCCGAUCACCCUUAG